GUCGAUGGUUCAUUUUUUUACAUUGACCAUCGAUGUUUCGAUUUAAAAAAAAAUCGAUGUUUCCCCGAAAAAACAUCGAUAGUCGAAACAUCGAUGUAUAUCGCCCAUCCUAUAGUCUGGUAAGAAUCAAGUUUUACUUUUUAAAUAUAUCGUAUAUAAUAACUGCAGCUUUAUUAUAACACAAAUAGUUGAUAUGAGCAAUAAAAAAAAUUGUUUUAAAGAAAAAAAAUACGCUCAAAAAUAUUCGGAGUAAUAUGGGAACAAGACGAAAACUUAAAAGAUUGGAUAGCUCCUGAUCUAGUGACUGGUAACUGUCAAAAAGCUUAUUGUAAAUACCCUGUUGAAAAGCUUCAAUAAGAUACCAUCAAAAGCGACAAAAGCCACUUAGAAACCAAUAAAAUUUAUGGGUUUCUAAGUGGCUUUUGUCGCUUUUGAUGGGAUCCUAUUGGAAAUUUUAAGCAGGGUAUUGCCGUACUAUUUUAGUAGCACAUAAAAAAGAUUUAGGCAAGCAUGCGAUAUCAAUUAAAAAUAAAAAUGCUGUUGAUAAAGAUAAACAAGCAAAAUUAUGUCGUCCAAUAAACGUGAUAAAACCUCCUAACAAUAAAGUUAAAGUUGCUGAACUUCAACUAGCCGCAUUUAUAGCAGAACAUACAUCAAUUAUCACAGUUGAUCACUUGACAGAAUUGUUGAAAAAAAUUGAACCGGAUUCAGAUGUUUUUAGUAAGAUGAAAUUGCAUCGAACCAAGUGUGCAGCACUUAUAAAAAAUAUUUUAGGGCCGUGUAUGCUUGAAGACUUAGUGAAUGAUAUGAAGGAAUCUCCCUACUCACAUAUUAUUGAUGAAAGCACUGAUAAAUCGACUGAAAAAAUUCUAUGCAUAAUGGUACGAUAUUUUUCUUUUAAAAAGAAAAAAUUACUGACUACAUUUUAUCGUAUUGUAAAAAUAGUUGACACAACUGCUAAUGGUAUGCAUUCGGCUUUGAAAUUACAAUUAGAAGCUGAUGGACUUUCUUUAAAAAAUUUAGUCGGUAUUGGAGUUGAUGGUGCAAAUGUGAUGGUCGGUGUGAACCAUUCUGUUUCAUCGCUUUUGAAACAAGAAGUACCUGAUAUUGUAAUUAUCAAAUGUAUCUGUCACUCUCUCCAUUUGUGCGCUGAAAAAGCUGCAGAAACAUUACCUCGCCAACUAGAAUAUCUUGUCAGAGAAGCUCACAAUUGGUUUUCCAAUAGUCCAAAGCGUAAGGAUGAAUAUAAAAAACUUUAUAAAGUCAUGAAUGGUGAUGAAGCUAAAAAGGAUCCGAAAAAAAUUGCUGGUCUGAGUGGGACUCGGUGGUUGGCUAGAUACUCUGCAAUUAAUACUAUUUUAGAGCAAUGGGAAGAGUUAAAACUACUAUUUGAAUUAGCUAAAAAUAAUGACAAAUGUUUACAAGCACAGUACUUAUAUGAUAUUAUGGUUUGUCCAGCGUAUAAAUUAUUUAUGAUUUUUUUGUAUUCAAAUUUAGAAUUAUUAACUAAUUUAAAUAAGCUAUUUCAAAGUAGUAACGUUGAAAUAUUUAAACUGCUAGAAGACUUAUUUUUGUUAUAUAAGAGUAUUCUGCAGAAAAUUGUGGUUCCAUCUCAACUGCCGAAAAUUAAGGACGACGAUCUAGUUAAUUUUAAAUUUCAAGACUAUCUAAUGCAUACAUCAUCAGUUUUUUUUGGAUACAACUUUGAUCAAGCAGCUAAAUCAGUGCCAUCAAAUGAAAUAUCUAAUAUUCGAGCUCGGUGUAAAGAUUUUUUAGUGAAACUAUGUACUGAAAUUUAGGAACGAUUGCCUAUGAAUAUUUCUAUAUUGAAAUCAAUGAAUAUCUUGACACCGACUUACGCUACAUCACAGAGAAAACCUAAUUUAUCCAAAUUGUUGGAACAAUUCACUAGGGAAUCAUUGUAUGGAUCAAAAGAUAAUAUUAUCAAAGAAUGGAACAUGUUAUCUCAUAAAUAGUGGGAUAAUACGAAUGAAACAGUAUCAUUUUGGUCAGAAGUUUUCAUUAAAACGAGAUUACGAACAGUGCACUUUAUUUGUGCCCACGAAGGAAAUACUGAGCAGAUUUACGGUACACAUGUAUGAUUUUAAAAACGACACUGAAAAAGUAAGUGAUGUAGAGUUUCAAGAACUGCUGAAUAUAACGAAUGCAAUAUAGUUCAUUUAUAUAUGUGAUUUUAUAUAAUAAAGAAAUUUUUAUUUAUUAAUUUGUUAUUAACAAUACAC